CGCCCCUUUGGCCGCGCGCGGCCGUGUGACGUCACUGCGUGAGGUCACCGGUCUCGCCGAUGAUGCGACGGUGACGCGCGGCGCGUCCGCCACGGCCGGGACCGUCGCGGUGUUGCUAUGGCGACACCGCUCGCCGGGUCAGGGGGUCACCGCGCGGCCUGGGGCUUUCAGAAAGUGCAGCAAAAAUAAAUUGACUGAAGAAUGGUCCCUGUGGUCAGAAGCUCCAUGCUGUGAGGAAAGAUGCCCUCCAGUUCCUGGAAAACUGUCCCAGCAAAUGCAAAUUGGAAGCACUGCCCAGGUGACAUCUGAGCUGGCCCUGGCCCACGUCCUCCUCAAGGAGCUCGGAGAGAAUCCGCAAGGGGGUUGUGGGUGUUGUGAUGGAGAACUACGAGCUGGUCACAUCACUGGGCUAUCCGGUUCUCAAACCUGAUCUCCUGUCUCGGAUUGAGCGUGCUGGGGAGCAAUGUGUUGGUGACCAACUGGAUUCUAGCCGAGGGAUUCCAACAGAUCCAUGUCCAGGCUACCGUUUCUUUAAGCCCGAGAGCUUAUCGUGGAUCGAGCGGUGGGAGGAACUUGGUGUCGCGGACCGUCAGAAGUUGGAGGAAGGCAAGCUCUGUGCGGGCUCCUGCCAAGCAGCCGGACGGAGCAAGGCCAUCAAAGAAGAGGAAGGCGGCCAGAAGGGCUUUGUGGCCAGCUUGGAGCGCUACCAGCUGUUCCCAGAGAGCUCCAGGGCAGGGCUGUUCCUGGCCCCCAGCGCCACCCAGCCGAGAAACCAGCCCCGGGUCAAGAAGGAGGAGGCGGCCUCGUGCGAGCCCAGCCUCGGGGGCCCCGGGCGCCCAUCCCAGGGGCUGGGCUCUGGGCCAUUCACCUGCGUGGUGUGUGGAAAGUGCUUCCGGCAGAAGCAGGGCCUCAUCACGCAUGGGCGGAUCCACACCGGCGAGAAGCCCUACCCAUGCCUGGAGUGCGGCAAGCGCUUCCGCCAGCGCCCCAACCUGCUGACGCACCAGCGGGUGCAUACGGGCGAGCGCCCCUUCCCCUGCCUGCGCUGUGGGAAACGCUUCAGCCAGAAGGCGAACCUGGCGGCCCACCAGCGCACCCACGCGGUCCAGGAGGGGCUCAUUGCUCCGGAGCCCAAGGUCCCAGUGCCCCGGGGCAGCCGCCAGACCGAGAAGCCCUUCCCCUGCAACGUCUGCGGGAAGAGCUUCAGCCAGCGCCCCAACCUGAUCACCCACCAGCGCAUCCACACCGGAGAGAAGCCCUUCCCCUGCACUGAGUGCGGCAAGCGGUUCAACCAGCGGGCCAACCUCAUCACCCACCGGCGCAUCCACUCGGGCGAGCGGCCCUUUCCCUGUGCCACCUGCGGGCGGCGCUUUAGCCAGAAGGGCAACCUGGCGGCCCACCAGCGCACCCACUCGCAGCAGCGCCCCCACGCCUGCACCUGCUGCCCCAAGCGCUUCAAGGGCGAGUCUGCUCUGCGUGCGCACCAGCGAACCCACCGGCAGGUGCUGGGGGCAGAUCCACUGACUGGCACCCUCUUGACAGCUCCCCCUCUGCAACAGGCCCUUCCUGGUGACCCUGCUUCGGUUCCCCAGCGGGCCGCCCCAGCCCCCCGCCCAGAUCUCCCUGGAGAGCCUGCUCCCAGUGUCCACCGGCCUGCCCCCUCCGGGCAGCACGGGGCCCCUCCUCACGGGCAGAGUCUUCCUGCAGACCCUCCCCCUGGUCCGCACACUGCCGGCCCCACUGGGCACCUCCAGGGAGUGGCCCCUGGCUCAGAACAGGGCCCAAAGCUCAGUGCCCCACCAGCAGCGAUGGAUCCCCACACGGAGAUGCUUCAUUGCCAGCGCCGGUUGAGCCUGCCUGUGCUUCCCAGCUCCAGCGUGCAUUCUGUGGUCCCCAUGGGGCAGCCACAGCCAAUCACCUCCAAGCCGAAGGGCGUGGCUGCCGCCCCCCGGCCCACUGCCGUGGAAGCCCCUGGUGAGAUGCUUCACUGUCUCUGCCAUGCUGGCAGGGCCUCCUUGGUCAUUCCUCACCCACCACAUCUGGGGCAGCUCCAGCCCGGGAGCAGAGAUGCCCCAGGGCGGGCCUGGCUGGGCAUCCCAUGCCCGGCCCGCACCCUUCAGCUUCAGCAGGGGGGGCAGAGCCAUCCGGCGGCUCCCAACCCCAGACUCUGUUCGAUUCCCGACUCCUUGCGGAGGACCAGAGCCACAGGCCAGGCCGGGCCCACUGCCGCCUCUGGCCACUGUGUCAUCGAUCCCUCCAGGAGCCCUCAGAACCGAACCUCCCCUGGAGCCACAUCAUCUGCACAAGGGAAGUCUGCCUCCCCGAUAGAAGAAGGAAAGAGAAGAGCUCGGCAGUGCUGCAAGCGGGAGGGGCGCAGGGGGCUGGCUUUCUUGGACGGGAAGACUCGCUCAACCUCCAGCCUCCCACCCCCCGCGGCGCCCCGGAGAGCACCCGCCGGAGCGCGCGGGGGGCAGCAGGGCCGUCUUGACGUGCCCCGCCCGGAGCGCCUGCCGUCGGAGAACCCGCAGGAGGUGCCAAGGGGCGCGCGACCCUCGCGCCACCCGGCCCGGCGCCCCUUCGCGCGCGGGGUCUCCGCGGCCCGGAGCAGCCCAGAGGGCGCGCGGACUGGGGGGGGGGGGGCGGCGGCGGCCUCGGCUGGCCCGGCCUCCUGCUCUGCGCGGGCGGGGAACUACAGUUCCCGGCGUGCAGCUGUUGCCGCCGCCGCCGCCGCGCUGGAGUGUAAAUCUUGCCAGGCUAACAAAAGAGCAGCCGGCGAAGCUGACAGGCGAGCCCGGCGCGCAGGAGCAGAAGCAGGAGCAGCCGGCCGGGCCUGCGCGGCCGCCCCCCUCCCCGGGAUUGCCCGGCGCUGCGGCGGGGCCUGCGGGCAGGCAGAGGCCGCCGCCAGCAUCCGCGCAGCUUGCGCCAAGGGGAGAGCGAUGGCCGGAGGAAGCCCCGUGCAGGUAGGCCGCGCCCCCCGGCGAUGCGGGGCCGGGGUCUCCGGGGGAGCGCAGCGAUGCCCCCCCCGAUAUCCGGUCCCCAAACGGCCCUCCCCGCCGCUUUCGGCGCGGCUUCUGGGCGGUGGCGGAGGAGGUGGUGCUGCGCGGGGAGGCGGGCGCGGCGCCCCCGAUUUCCUGCCCUUCCGAGGGCGGCGGCCCCUGGCUCUUCGGCCCCGAAGCGCUGGCCCCCUGGACCGACCUCGGGAGGCGCCCCCCUCCGUUGUUUGGCGAUCCUUCCGGGGAGCCUCGGGGGAGGCCCGCGCGGGACACCUCCGCCCGCCGGCCCGCGCUGCCUCCCGGGGCUCUUUGCGCGAGCCCGACGGAGACCCGCGGGGCCUGCGCUCCGCUGAUGGGCGGAAGGUGCGGGCGAGGGAGCCGGGGGGGGGCGGUUGCGGAUGCCCGGGAGACGGCGACCGCGACGGGGAGGCGACCUCGAGCGGGACCGUGCCCCACCCACCCCGGAACCGGUUCCCGGGAAGUGCGAAAGGCCGCCCGCGAGAGCGACCCCCGCCGGGGAGCCCCUUUGCGGGAGCUUGGCAGGGCGGGCGGAUUCGGGGAGGGGGACCAGGGGGAACGGGAGGGGAGGAAGCUUCCCGCGAGUUUCAGGCGCGUCGCGCCGCGCACGGACGGCCCUGCCGAAGUUGCUCCUCUCCGAGCCGGAACUCCGGAUGGGCUGGACCGCUCUUCCCCUCGCCCCGGCCGUGUGGCCGCCGGCCGGGGAGGAUGGGGGCCGCGGGGCCGCGCGUGCCGGUGGCCUUUGUGGAUGUGGCGGUCUGCUUCUCGGCCGAGGAGUGGGCAGAGCUGACCGAAUGGCAGAAGGAUCUCUACCGAGAUGUAAUGGUGGAGAAUUUUGAGCUGGCCUCCUCGCUGGAAUGUCUGCUGUCCAUCCCUGAGCUGCUCUGCCAGCUGGCCCAAGGAGAGGUACCCCAGAGCGGGGCCAGGCCACACCCAGGGGAGGACGGGGACUCCCCAGCUGUGAGAGACAGGCAGGAGGAAGAGGGUGCCGAGGGCCUGCAAGAGGGCAGCCAAGGUGGUCCCGACCAGCUGAAGAAGACCUGUGCCCGCCGUUCCCGGACUCCAGGAAAGAAGACCAAGAGGCCAGUUUCACAGGCCAGAGGAAGUCUGCCGCUGCCCCCGCUGCCCCCAGCAAGGGAAGGCCAAGGCCCCGGGGAGGGCACCCAGAAGCCAAAAGCCGGGCCCCGGAAGAGAGAGAAGCCGUACAGGUGCCCCAAGUGCCGGCGGAGCUUCCUGGGACGCAUCGCCUUGACCGCCCACCGGCGCCUGCAUGUCCGAAAGUGGCCCCGGAUCGGCCCCCAGGGAGCCGGACGUUCCCCUCAAGCCCCAGAACUGGCAGUGCCUCAGGAGGGCGAGAUGGGCACCAGCGCCAGCCCCUUCCCCAGCAGCCAGGGGGAGGGCACGCUGCCCUUCUGGCCUGAGAUGGCCUUGCACCAGCAGGGCCCUCCGGCCCCCAGCUUCAACCCCUGGGCCCUCGGCUAUGGGCCCCAGCCCCUGCCCGGGCACCAGGCGCCUGGCCUGCCUGGCAACGGGGAAUUCAUCUGUGACCAGUGCGGGUGGAGCUUCCAUGGCUGGGAGGAGCUGGUCACCCACCAGAUGGCCCACAUGGCUGCAGAGGGCAUCGCUGGUUCGGUGCCCAAGGCGGAGGCGCUGGCCCACCUGGCCAGUGACCGGCCAUACGCCUGUGCCCAGUGUGGGAAGAGCUUCCGCCACAAGCCCAACCUGCUGGCCCACCGCCAAGUGCACACGGGUGAGCGGCGCUACCAGUGCCAGGAGUGCGGCAAGUCCUUUGGCAGCAAGGCUUACCUGGCCUCCCACCGGCACAUCCACACCGGGGAGAAGCCCUACGUCUGCGCCCGGUGCGGGAAGAGCUUCCGCCACAAGCCCAACCUCAUCUCCCACCAGAAGAUCCACUCGCGGGAGCCCCUCCCGCCCCAGGGCAGCCCCCACCCCCUCGAGGCCUUCAAUGGGGAGGCCUUCCAGAGCCAGCGGCCUGGGGCGGACCCCCUGGGCCUGGAGGCCUUCCAGCCUCACCGCCCACCGGCUGAGGCCCCCCUGCCCUGUGCUCGGGGCAUGACCCCCCUCCCCCAGCUGCCUGGCGCCCUGCCUUCGCCCCCACCGCAGCUGGUGGUGGACCGCCCCUUCGUCUGCCCGGUCUGCGCCAAGCAGUUCCGCUGCAAGCCCUACCUGGUGGCCCAUAUCCGGAUCCACACCGGGGAGAAGCCCUACGCCUGCAGCCGGUGCCCCAAGCGCUUCUCCCAGAAGUCCAACCUGGUCUCGCACGAGCGCCUGCACACCGGGGAGAAGCCCUACGCCUGUCCACUGUGCCCACGGGUCUUCAGCCAAGGCUCCAACAUGCGGGCCCAUCAGCGCAGCCACAGGAACGUCCCUGGGGCAGAGGCAGAGGGGGGCCUCCGCCCAAGCUACCCACCCCGACAGAUUCCACAGCCGAACUAGUGGGUGGCCCUUGAGCAGCUGCUGCUGCUGCGCUGAGUCUGUGCUUCUCUCCCCAUACUCCCUGCCCCGUUCCCUCUUGGCUGCCAUGCUUCCCUUGGACGGGGUGCGCAGACGGCACCUCGAGCUGGGUAGGGGUCCCCCUGGCCUCCAAGGCACGUCCCCUGGAAUCCCCUGGAAGUUCUGCAGAAGGAGCGUUCCUCUUUUUCCAACGGGGCCCAGAGGGGCCGCACCUUUGCCUGGGGUUCCUGAGAGCUGGGGGAAGGUGGUAGCCAUGCGUCUGGAAAGGAGACUUUGUAGGAUUUGGCUGGCAUUCCAAGAGACUGGCGCUCAACCUUGUUCUCGAGCGUGGGAAGUACUUGCCGGGAAUGGUGUGAGAGUGCCAGUAUGCAGAAGAGUACCCUGAAGUCAGGGGAGCACAGUGGUCCCUAGCAGGGAUUUGGCCUAUCCCCUCCCUCCCAACAUCAGCCCUUUGCCAGCUUCCAUGGGCACGCCCCUUGGGGAAGAAGGAGUGUGCAUAGGACCAGGCUCCACAGAUGGUGCCCACUGCCCAUGCGAGAUCAUCGUGGGGAGCUCUGUUUUCACUGCUUCGGUCUGCGGAACGCCACUACACAGAACAAGGGAAAUGGCUGACUUAAAACAAAAGAAGGGCCGGCUGCUCGGGCUGGUCCCUGUGGAGGCAAAUGAGGACUUACUGAGGGAUCUCCUGGCCCAGCUGCAAGAGGUGGAGCUUCUGGGCCCCGGCGGGAGAGCUGCUGCCUUUCAGCCCCCCCUUGGCCCACCUGCUCCACUGCUUGGAAGCGGGGCUGGCCGAUCCACAUGUUUGCAAUCUAUUUAAUUAUUUAUAGAAAGAGUAGAAUUUGGGACAAUUUGAGGUAAAGGCUUGCAAAAAGGAGUGGGGUUCCCAGUUCCUAAUUCCUGAUGUUGGUUGACAGCGAUGUCCUUCCUGGGUGUAGCUCUGCUCUGGAGACCAGCAAAUUAGUUUGCAUUUCCACUGAUUUCCUACUGUAUACUCUUUUCAAAAUAAAGCGGUAGAUGUUAAUUUUGAAA